AUUUACCACAUACGUAUCCCUCUUUAAGCCGACAAAACAUUCUCCCAAUCUUCAACUGACCAGACGCAAAAGAGCUCGACAUCACGAAGACCAAACCCGCUAUGACUUAACCAACUCUGUAAAACGCAUUUCUUGCACUACCCACGACAUGUCUUCUUCCCAAUCUACCGUGCUGUCCCUCCUGGGAUGGACAUUCCUCCCUGACAUGAUAACCAGCUGGGUUCAGAGUGGAUUCUAUCGGCUCACCAUCCGCACCGGCAACCCCCACCCGCCAGAGGGCUCGCCCCGCUGGCAGCUUCACAGGCGGCGCAUCCACGCCCUCGUCAUCAUCCUCUACCUCCUCUACAUAAUAUAUGAAGCCCACUGGGAGCUACAACGUGCAGGCAACUUCUACGCGACUCUCAACGUCCCCCACAACGCCAGCGACCGCGUCAUCAAGAGCCGCUUCCGCCGUCUCGCCGCCCAACACCACCCCGACAAAGUCGCAUACUCCUCCUCAUCGUCUUCCUCUUCCACAGGCGCCCAAGAUGCCGGAGACUUCUACAUACACCUUAAGACAGCCUCGGACGUCUUGACGAAUAAUGCCCAACGCUUCGCGUACGAGCGCUUCGGCCCCGAAAUAUUAACAUGGCGCGGUUGCGCUACGAUCCAGGAUUACGUGUGGCGCGGCCUUCAACACAAGGUAUUUCUGCACUAUGGCUUCGCAGCCGCCGGUUUAUGGGGGCUGGGGUUUCUGGGUUACUUCGAGGUAGGGCGUUACUGGCGGUGGUUGACGCUGGUCAGUCUCUGUGUGUUCGAGACACACGUUGUCAUGCGCCCCAAGUUCCCGUACUUCGUCGAGGCCUUAAUGAACCCGUUCCUCUCGCGCUUCACCCCGCACGAACCCUACCUGCCCUUCCAGGUCAUCUCGCUCGCCCGUCGCGUCGCCAUAGCUAUAUAUAUUGCUAUCGGGCAACUGGGCCCCAUACUCCGCGCUGGCCGGGAUCAAGAGGCUGUCGCCGAAGAGAAGGCCCUGUUGCGAAACCUCGAGCGUCUAGAACAGACUACUAAACUAUUAGAUACCGACACCGCUCGUCUUAUGGAACUCGAAAUGGCGCCGUUUGUAGGGAAUCCCGAUGCCAUUAGGGAUAUGCGGGGCAAGUUGAAGGAGUGGCUUGUACAGAAUACAAUCCGCGCCGAUCCCAUGGUCAGGGACGCAAUGGGCAAGUCGCUGCAGAAGAGAAGGGUUGAUGCUCCCGCGGGAGCUAAAGGCACGAAAUAGAAAUAGCCAUAUCUCCUCCUGGCUUAUAUAGACUUAUUAGAGCAGAUAAUGAGACACGGCUGAAUUAUUUAAGUUGCGAAA